AUGGAAGUUCCCCUUCCAAAUACUUGGAAGCCAUUAAAUAUCGACAGAUAUGAUGGAACUACUGAUCCCGAUGAACACAUUGAUGCGUAUGUUACCCAGAUUAACCUGUACACAAAUGACGAUGCCAUUAUGUGUCGCGUGUUCCCAACUUCACUCAAAGGAGCCGCUCUCAGUUGGUACACACAACUACCACCCAGAUCAGUAGACAAUUUCGAUACCUUGGUCUGCCUUUUCUCUGCCCAAUACGCUACCAGCAGACCUCAUCAUAUCACCUCGGCAGCGCUGUCCAAUUUGCGACAACAGGAUGAUGAAUCCCUCAGGCAUUUUAUGGAGCGAUUUGCUAACGUUUCCAUCAAAAUCCGAAACCUUAAUCCUGAAGUCGCCCUCCAUUCCAUGCUGAUGGCACUUAAACCUGGACCUUUCGUUGACAGUCUUUGCCGACACCAACCAGCCACCAUGGAUGAACUUCGAGCACGCGCUGCCAGAUAUAUUCAGAUGGAAGAGCAUGCUGAGUUUCGUAACCAUAUCCGAGAUGACCUCGCUGGCAAAGGGGAGUCUAGUACCAGGGAGAAGUCCAAAACUCAUGUCGACCAGAGAUCAAAAAGACCUCGUCAGUCACAAGGUCCCAGGUAUGAAUUUUAUACCCCUCUUAACGCUCCUCGUAUUAAUAUUUUAGAGGAAGCUAACCAUGCAGAUUUGAUCUCUCUACCUCCACUCGCGCACAACUCGGCCAAUGCCGACAAGAGCAAGCAUUGCCGCUAUCACCGAAAUUACGGGCAUACAAUAGAGGAGUGUUGGAGUCUCAAAGAUCGCAUAGAAGAACUUAUCCAGGCUGGUCACCUCGGGCAAUAUAUCCAACGCGGACAGACUUCUCAUGGAGGCUUUAGAGGACGUGGUAGAGGACGCGACCGACAUCCAGGCCGAUAUCAAGGGCGCUAUCCAAAUUACCAAGGCCGAUCUGAGCACCACAAUUACCACCAAACCAAUGCCCAUGAGGAAAGCAAACCAAGUGCAAAUAGCGCCGACCCACAACACGCUGAUAAAUCCUCUGAGGGGAACAACAUACGUGGCGUUAUCAACACUAUUGCUGGUGGGUUUGUUGGAGGAGGAAGUUCUAAUUCUGCUCGAAAGCGGCAUCUCCGCAAUGUCCACAAUGUUGACAACUGCUCCAAUUUGGAAUUUAAGCCAGACAUACCCACUCCUCCUAUUGUCUUCACUGAUAACGAUUACGAGGGCAUAAGCCUAAACCAAGAUGAUCCAAUGGUCAUCUCGGUCGAAGUAGCCAACUGGGAAGUUCAGAAGACAUUAAUUGAUCAAGGCAGCUCUACCGAUGUGCUAUAUUGGCCAACUUUCUUAAAGCUUGAUAUUCCUCACAGCAUGAUCCAACCACACUCUGAGCCUCUUGUAGGCUUCGCACGUGAGCGAGUCCAUACUCGCGAGUUUAUUGAAUUACUAACCUCUUUUGGUACAGCUUCGAAUUCAAGAAGGGUGUUGGUGAAAUAUCUCUUAGUUGAUGCCAUCACUUCUUACAACAUCCUUAUCGGAAGACCGACACUGAACCAGUUGGGAGCUGUAGUAUCUACACCUCAUUUGACCAUGAAAUUCCCGGGGACCAAUGGACAAAUCAUAGCUAUCAAAGCCAAUCAACAGUUAGCAAGGAAAUGUUACGCCGAAAGUCUCAAGAUCACUCCCACCAAACCUCAACUCAGAACGACAAGUUCAACCACAGUGGCCCAUGUUGAUAAGAACGAGAUGGUCGAGCUGGAUCCCCGAGUUGACAUGUACGACCACCGACCUAGUCCUGUUGAUGAUUUGCUAGAGUUCCAAAUUGGUAAAAGGCCGGGAUAA